CGACACACCAUAGUAUACGGUGAGAACUCCUAGAGCGCUGGAUUCUAUGGAUAGCCAAGUCCCUGAGAAUCCUCCGAGAACGGCUCCUCCUGUUCGUCCGAAGAAAGACCGACAAGAUGGCGCCCUCAAUCGUCUCAACACUUCAAGCCUUCCACAGUUGUUGGACAUGGACAACAGACCGACCUUUGUGCUCGACAUGGAAAAUUAUGUUUAUGGAAAUCAACUAGUGGUGCGACCAAUAUUCUGCAAUGCUGCGUUGAGGAUGCAAGAGCAACUAUUUCUCAAGGUCAUUGGCUCUGCACGGGAAGAUCCUGAAGAUAGCGACCGUGGCGCAAACUAUGAAGAAUUCCGAAAAUGGGCAACAAUUAUCAGUAAAUUUCGGGAUUCCAGAGAUAUAUUCCCAUUGACGAUGGAGUACGCCAAAUUCAUAUGGACGGUGUUCUGUAUCCAGCCCAACUGGAAAGUGAUCACCGGCCAUCCGGUCUUUCGCAACGAAGAUAUCCCAGGAAGGGGUCCGCUGUCGGCGUCUGCACCGGCAUCUGAAAAGAAGUGGUAUGGCGUACGGGUGAGAGACGACAAGAAAGCUUUGGCUUCUGCUGCAGCUACCCCGAAACAUGAUAUAGUUGAGAAUACUAAACAACCCAAAUCUCCACAAACAAACAUUGGUUUGGAGGAGGAGAAAAAUCGCAUAUCAAGCGUCUCCGCCGUUGCCCUGUCAGCAUUUGAAUGUUCCGUACCCGACUGGACAGUUGCGAACCCUAAAGGCGUUCUUUCAGAACAUUUAACAUUUGUAAGAAGUAUUGACUGGUCAAAGACUCCCUUGGGCGCUAUGAAUACAUGGACGAUUCAAUUCCGAGAAAUCAUCUGCUUAGUCAUGCGGAAUCCUCAUCCGUCAUCUGUUUUUUGGGGUGAGGACUUGACUAUGCUCUACAAUGAAUCUCAUAGGGAUAUUAUUGCGGGCGACAAGCACCCUGCUUUGAUGGGUACUGGUUUCACAGGCCCUUUUCACGAAAUGUGGGGUUCAGUUCGCACUACAAUGCGCGAAAGCGCUCGGACUGGCCAGGCUCAGCUCAACCUCAAUCAAAUGUUACCAAUCAUACGGCAUGGUUAUCUGGAAGAGGCAUUCUUCACGUGGUCUUUUGUUCCAGUUUUUAGCGGUACUGACCGCAUUCUUGGUUUCUAUAUGAAUGCAUUUGAUACGACUGUCGAAUCGCUCAGAGGCAGGAGAAUGGAAUUGUUACGCUACUUAGGCGAGCGCCUGAACGCAACACGCACUGUAAAAGAAUUUUGGGGCAGGGUGUUGGACGGUCUGACUCACAACGACUACGACGUGCCUUUCGCGCUCUUAUACUCGAUUGUCGAUGCGGAGGACAUCGACCAUAGCUCUUUGGAAUUGCCUAAUACUAAUCCGAGUUUCGUAAAGACUUGCAUUAUCGAAGGAUCGAUUGGGGUACCGAGAGGACAUCAGGCCUGUCCUGAAAGAUUUUCCUUGACGGAGAGUGAUGAUACUCUAAUCUCAGCUUUCAUUCAGGCGACGCGAACACUGGAACUUUUAAUGUUACAUGUGGACAAUGGAACACUUCCGCAGUCAUUACUUGAGAUUGUUGAGUGGAGAGGAUACAAGGAUCCCUGUAGGGAAGCAAUGAUACUACCUCUUCGGCCAACAAACGCGGACAAUGUUUGUGCGUUGUUGCUCCUCGGUAUCAACCCUCGUAGAGCUUACGACAAAGAGUACGAAUCUUUCACGUCCAUGCUCAAUCGACAGAUUGCGACUUCGUUGGCAUCAGUUCUUCUUUUUGAAGACGAGGUACGGCGAAGCAAGCGCGCAGCUGAAGUCGCUGCCUUGCAGCGGGAGGAACUCUCUCAGCAGCUCCAACUCCAGACCAGUCGGAUGCGUCGAAUGACCGAAUUUUCACCUUUAGGUAUGUGCUUGUUUGACGCUGAGGGGCGCUUAUUGGAGGCGAAUGACCGUUACUUUGAAAUGACUGGAGUUUCCCAUGACACCAUUGGAGACUUCAUGCCCGACGACGUGAUGGCAGAGCAAAGCUUAGAGACUGCACAGAAUAUGUGGGAUGAAUUACUAAGAACCCACAAGUCGACCAGUCGGGAGCUCCAAUAUGCAUGUCCCAAGUUUCAAGCAAAAGACAUUAACGGCGAACCCAUUGAAUAUUGGGUUCUUGCGUCUUGUCAGCCGGAGCUAAGUCCAGACGGUGAACUGAUAAGCGUUAUGGGCACCGUUACGGAUAUAUCGCACCUAAAAUGGGCCCAAGGUCUCCAGGAACGAAGACUACGAGAAGCAGAGGAGGCAAAGCGCCAACAAAACGAGUUCAUCGAUAUUACAUCGCACGAAAUGCGCAAUCCAUUGUCCGCAAUUCUGAUAUCCGCCGAUGACAUCGGAGAUACUCUUAGUGUUCAUCAAUUCUCAUGUGAUGAGGAUAGAAGCAUUGCAAAAAGUUGCAUUGAAGCUGCGAACAACAUUGCUCUUUGUGUUCAGCAUCAGAAGUUGAUCGUCGAUGACAUCCUUACCGUAUCGAAACUAGACUCUAACCUUUUGCGCAUGACUCCCAUUCCUUCGCAGCCUAUCGCUGUCAUUGAGCGUGCUAUUGCUAUGCUUCGUCCUGAGGUAGUGGCCAAAAGUAUCGACCUUGAAUUCAAGCCGCACUCAAGCCUGCAAGAACUCAACAUCGAUUGGGUAAUGCUCGAUUUUGGCCGCCUGCUACAGAUCAUCGUGAAUCUCAUCACCAACGCGAUAAAGUUCACUCAAGACCGGCCAACACGCUCCAUUGUUAUCCACAUUCGCGCAUGCACAGAAAAACCAGAUUUUGAACUUCCAAAUGGCUUUGAGUUUGUCCCACAACGAACUAAACUUACUGAUUGUGGCAAUGGAGAGGACUGGGGCACUGGUUCACCGGUCUUCCUCUUGUUCCAGGUUCAAGAUACUGGUUGCGGACUUACACCGGGACAGAAAAAGCUCUUAUUUGAGAAGUUCGCUCAGGGAUCACCACGCACACAUGGGAAGUACGGCGGCAGUGGCCUUGGGCUAUUCAUCUCGCGGCAGCUAGCCGAAUUGCAUGGUGGGCAGAUUGGUUGUACUUCGGAAGCAGGCGUCGGCAGUACAUUCGGGUUCUAUCUAAAAAGCAGACGAAUGACGUCUGAAGACUGCCGCCUGCUCGAAGAACGCGCCAGAAAAUCACCCAAUACCGAAAUCCCUGCAUACUGUUUGCGUAACACCCCGCAAGCAUUUUCUAGAAUGCAAGAUCAAACACACCCUAAUAGUAGUAUCCACGACAAUCUCGAUGAGCAAACCAACAAACCAACCCGACAACUCCACGUCCUCGUGGUAGAAGACAACCACCUCAACCAAAAAGUCCUUUGCAAACAACUCACAAAAGCAGGUUGCAUAACCGCCACCGCCGACAACGGCGUACACGCCCUCAACCACAUUGCCAAAACCCAGUUCUGCACCCCAGACGGCAUACCGCUUUCUAUGGUCCUCAUGGACUGCGAGAUGCCCGAAAUGGACGGGCUCACGUGUUGUAGGAAGAUACGCGAGAUGGAGCAGCGCAAGCAGGUGGUGGGGCAUGUACCGAUUAUUGCUGUGACGGCGAAUAUUCGCUGUGGCCAAAUUGAUGAGGCGAGGGCGUCGGGCAUGGAUGAUGUGAUUGGGAAGCCGUUUCGUAUACCGGAAUUGUUAGAGAAGAUGAGGGGUUUGUUGGAGAGACUUGAAGGGGAGCAGGGUGUGAAAGGUUGAUAUUCCGUUGGAGGGUGUUUUUUCUUUUGAGGGAUGGUACUGGAAUUAUGUCUCUUGGUUUUCUAUUCUCUUAAUAUGCUUACCUAUUAUAUUGAGGCAUAGAGCUUUGUCAAAUUCGACCGACCAUUUUAGUGAUUUCUCAGAGGUUAUUCGGUU